AAUUCUGUAGUUGUAAGGUUUCUAAAGUGCAACACACACACACUUUAUUUUAUUUAUUCUAUGGCAAUAGCCUCAUUACUAAGUUUCACAAGAAAAAAAAAUAGAGAGAUUGGUUCACAAAAGUGAAGUUUCAACAGCAAAGAAACAUAUACUGCAUAUGCAAUGAGCAAAGAAUAAGAAACACAUGAAGUCUCUCAUGGGAAAAGUGCAAUGUUUUACCCUUCCAUCUCUUGGCGGUUGCUUUGACGGUUGUCGCGACCAAGCAAAAGGCUCGGGAUUCGGAACGAGGAUAUGGAACCUAAGUGAUAAGCCAGUGGAGCUGCAAAUAAGGGUGGGAUCAAUACUGAAAAAGAUUCAUACAUUGAAACCAGGGUCUUCAAAGAGAUUGAAAUGUAAAAACAUUUAUAAGGCAUAUAUGCCUAAGAGUGGUAGUGUUGGUGGAAGCUUGAAGAACUUGUUGUAUUCCUAUGAUGAAACUAGUCACCCUUAUAUUUGGAUUCAUGACACAGGGAGUCAUAAUUCUUUAAGGAUGUUUAAUCAACAAUAUAUUAGCCUUGAGGAUAUGAAGGAUUCUUCUGAGAUCAAAAUCUUUAGGGAUCAUCAAAGAGGUUCCAUAUCAGUUAGGAAGAGAAUGAGAUCAGAUUUCUGCUCAAUUUGAAUUUCACACUAUUUGUUUCUUAUGAGUUGGAACUUUUUUUUUUUUUGGUUACAAGUUGGAACUUUUUCUUAUGAGUUAGUGACACUUUUUAUCCAUUGUUUUUUUUUUUUUCCUUUUGCCUAUAUAUUGUUGUGUGAUAGUUCUUUUGAACAAUGAAUAGAAGUUGGGAUUUUUAUUGUUUUAGAUUA